AUGCAUGAUAAACCAAGAAUUGUAUCAGAUUCAAGCAAGUGGUUGCCUGAAAAGAAAUUCCGUCAUCGCAACUCUGUCCUGACUGAUCUUCUAAAGAUCCCCCACAUCGAAACUCUCUACCAUAUCUUCGUUGCAGUUCUACUUAUAUUCACGCUCAACACUUUGCUAUCUGAUAUUGUGGAGACGGGUAGUGUUGCUCAUAUUUAUCAUCUGGAGAUUGUUAUGUGGACUUUCACAGGACUAUUCAAGGCUUUCCACUGUUGGUUUAUGAUGUUUCUCUCAACCAGCUUAGUUGUCUACAUGACCUUUACCAUCUGGUCAACCAAACGCAGUCAAGUUAGCAAAAUUACGAAAUUUGAUAUCCUCUUCGCUGUGAUCUACGUAAUCUAUCAGAUUGCUUUCGUCGUCUUACCGGCCCUCUUCAUAAUCAAAUACGAUCUCGCACCAGCCUCAUCGACAAUCGUUUGCUUAGAACAGAUUCGCAUGAUGAUGAAAUCUCACGCCUUUGUUCGUGCUAACUUUGAGAGCGCUCUCCUUAGUGGUGAGGAAAGCGAAAAGGAAAUUAAAAGACGCCGUCGCCAAUCCUUCAACUGCAAGGAUCGUUUUCCACUUAGUCCAUGUAGUGGAGACGAAGAAAACAUGGUUGAUGAAUUCGAAAUUACUAUGUCAAAUGGGGUACCAAUCCCGCCUUUUUCCCACUACCUCUACUUCCUAUUUGCCCCUACUCUUGUCUACCGUUCCUCCUAUCCGCGUACACCGUAUAUACGUUGGAGGUUUAUAGCCAUUAACCUUCUCCAAAUGGUACUCUGCGUAGUUUAUACCUACUUCAUUCUAGGCCGAUUUUGUUUCGAUUAUUUUGCGAAUUUUGGAUGCUCAGCUCAGUUCAGUUUCUCCUUACAACAACUUAUUACUUCUUCCUUCGGAUGCAUGCUUCCUGGAGGAUUACUCUUACUUAUCAAUUUUUACGCCCUCCUCCACUGCUGGUUCAAUGCAUCUGCGGAGCUACUGCGUUUUGGCGAUCGACUUUUCUACAAGGACUGGUGGAAUUGCACUAGUUUUGGAGCUUACUAUCGAACAUGGAAUGUGGUUGUACAUGAUUGGCUGUAUACCUACAUCUACCGCGACAUCUAUGCACUUGGAGGACGUUAUAGACGCAUUCUAGCGCAGACUGUGGUCUUCCUGCUCUCCGCAGUUGCUCAUGAAUACAUCUUGAGUCUUGUGUUCCGAUUCUUCUAUCCAGUGCUCUUUAUUAUAUUCGGUGGUGCUGGCUUUGCAAUUGCAAAUAUACGGGGCAAGUCAAAGCUCUGGAAUAUUGGUCUCUGGGCUGGAUUGUUAAUGGGAAUGGGAAUUCUAAUGUGUCUCUACUCCAUGGAAUGGUACGCAAGGAAGAACUGUCCUCCUGCUCAGGGCGUCAUGGAUAUUUUUAUUCCCAGAAGUUGGUUCUGUGGAAAUUGA